CAUGCCGUCGGAGAAUGGAGGGUCCCGGUCGCCCUCGCAAGCGCCCUCAUCGGAGCGCUCGGACAGAAAAAGGAAGGCAGAGGAGGAAAGCUCGACCGAGGCCGCCGGUAUGAGGAUCGGCGAGGAUGGGGAGGAGACGAAGAAGAGGAGAAAGGAUGAGGAUGGGGAUGAGGAGGAGACGAAGAAGAAGAGGAAGGAUGAGGAUGGGGAUGAGGAGGAGACGAAGAAGAAGAGGGGGGAUGAGGCUGGGGAUGAGAAUGGGGAUGAGGAGGUGGUCUCCUCUGCACCCAGCUCUCCACUCUACGAACCCCGCCUCCCCGAAGACGAUCCGGAUCCUCCGCCGGAGUUAAUCGAGGCCUUCGAGCGUGCACAAAGCAACUACGAAAUAAAAAGGGACCGCCAUGAGGACUUGGUCACGAUAGAAUACUGCAGAUCUUCGCACAUGUUUUUCAAUCCGGAGCUUCUCCCUGUCGCUGAACCUGCAACAAAGGCAGUGCUUUUGGCUGCCAGAUUUGUUGUUGGGCUUUCCUCCUCCUUUGAAGGGGCAAGAAAAAGGUGCUCUGGAUUCUGGAUUAAAUUUGACAAGAAUAACAAGACCGGUUUUGUUUUGACAACCGCACAUUUAUUUAGCUCAAAGGGGUGUUCUGUUGAACAAAAGGGAGAAGGAGUUGAAGACGAGUAUGCUGCUUAUGGCGAGGUGAAGUAUUAUCCUGAUGCCAAGGUUACUGUUCACUUGCCAGAUGGGUCCACGAGAGUGGGCCAGCUGAUCUACCACCAGGAGCACUAUGAUCUUGCUUUUUUUAGUGUUAGCGUGGAUCAAUCGGUGGAUCAAUGGGUUCAGUCACCACUUUAUAAUGAUGGAGUAAAAUGGGGUGAACUCGUCUUCUGGCUUGGAAGAGAUGCCAAGUUCAAUCUAACAAUGACCCAUCUUAGGCCGGGAUAUAUGAAUCCAAACACAUUUGAACGACCUCAUUACAUGUUCUUUCCCGGUAAAGAACAUAUUAUUAAGUAUGACAACGGGGGACCGAUCAUUGACUUAGAAGGGAAGAUCGUGGGAAUGGUCAACAGUCAUAGGAGUGGGUCUUUUAUACCUUCUUCUGUUUUGCUCAAGUGCUUGGAUUUGUGGAACGAAUUCGGGUGCAUCCCUCGCCCCCAACUUGGAUUGGCGUUUUCAGGUAUCAAGCUUUUAGAUAUUGUUCAAGUGGAGAAGAUAUGGCGCAACUACAAGAUUGAUGAUGGUCUUAUUGCUAACGAGGUAUUAAAAGGAUCACCAGCAGAGGAAAUUGGAAUCCGAAGAGGUGAUAUUAUUGAAUGUUUAAAUGGAGAGUGCAUUUCCACUACAGUUCAGCUGGAGAACUUGUUGCUGAGCCUAUGCAAAUCAGCUGGAAAGGGCCUUGAUUCCGAAAUCCAUGUUUCAGUUGGGGUGUUUCAUGUACGCAAGCUUCGCCGGAAGACAAGAGAGUUCACUGUAGGUGUAUCUGAGCGUCUGGAAUUUAUUGACAAAGCUUAUAAACUUGUCACUCUGGAAGAAGGAACUUGUGCUGCUUCGUCGUCAACCUGACUCAAGUUGAUCGAUGGGAAGUAUGUGUGAUAGAUAGAUGAUGCCUUAACUUGUAAGCACCAGCUACUUUUGUAAUGGAAUGGUGAACAUCUCAAGGAAGUUAGAAGCAACUGCUACUUAACCAAACAAGCACACCGUCACAGAUUGAUCUGCCAAGGACACGGACACGACACUGGAUAGCGGAGGAGACGUGCCUUUGAGUUUGUCCACUGCCCUUGAGACCGAUCUCUUGAGCUCACCUAUGACCGAUCUGAUGUAAAUUGCAUGUGCUGACAGAUCAAGUAGGAAUUGAUGAAUCGUGUGUUUCCAUUUUUCUGGGUAAGCUGUCUCUAAAACGUGUUACUACUGAGAAAUGCUGUGUCUGUUCCCCGUGGCCCACACUAUUAUUUUUUACUACA